CAUUCUUUUAAAUAUGUUGUGUUAAAAGAAUUGUGUUUCCAAAUUUGAAAGAAACAAUUCAUAUUAGAUCAUAUAUAGUCAUGCACAUACACACAUAUGUACAAUUAAUAACAAUAACAUAUGUACAAACUUGUUUGUACACUAUCUUUAUCACAACAGUAGAAAAAUAUUUUGUUUUGUGAUUUCUUGUAUGAUGUGAGAUUGAUUUGUUACAAAUGGUAACUCUCUGCAACACUCAUGAUGUCAAUAUAAUGAGAGAUGAUGAAAUCAGUUGCGAAACACACAGAUUGAGCAACCCACGCUGAGAAAACAUAGUUUAUAAUAUUGAACAAACGUGAGAUAUAUGUCAACAUCAGUCCGUUGGGGGUCAAUAGUUUACAAGGAUCAUGGAAGCAUCAUCCCACAAAGAUAGCGAACAUUGUGCCGAAGCGAUGUCGCGUCUUUCAAUGAAUGGGUCAAAAUAUUUGCCAAGAAGCAAAGGCGAAACUAGAGGACAAAGAUGUACCGGUCUAACUCAUGAAUGCGGUGUUUUCGGAUGUAUUGCCGCGGGAGAUUGGCCAUCACAAAUAGACGUUGCUCAGUGUAUAUGCCUAGGUUUAGUAGCGUUACAACACCGAGGACAAGAAAGCGCAGGAAUUGUUACAAGUGACGGUGUCUGUUCGAAGUCGUUCCACGUUCACAAGGGUAUGGGAAUGGUGAAUAAUAUUUUCAAUGAUGAGAAUAUAAAGAAGCUCAAGGGAAACCUCGGAGUUGGUCAUACGAGAUACAGCACAAGCGCAGCCAGUGAAGAAGUCAAUUGUCAGCCGUUCGUUGUACAUACCGCGCACGGAGCACUGGCGAUUGCUCACAACGGGGAAUUAGUGAAUACAGAAUCUUUGAGAAAAAUGGUAUUAGGUCGCGGUGUUGGUUUGUCGACGCACUCGGAUUCAGAACUUAUAACACAGGCACUCUGCUUAAAUCCACCGGAAGGCGAAGUAAACGGACCGGACUGGCCUGCCCGUAUCAAGCAUCUCAUGCAAUUGGCACCGUUGUCGUAUUCCUUAGUCAUAAUGCAAAGGGACAAAAUUUACGGUGUACGAGAUCCUUACGGAAAUCGACCUCUUUGUCUAGGAAAAAUUGUUCCGCUUGGCACAUUAGCAAGUACUGAAUCUGAUGAAGAUGACGACGAAGCGGAAGGUUGGGUAAUCUCGUCGGAAUCGUGCGGCUUUUUAAGCAUCGGUGCAAGAUACGUUCGCGAGGUGUUCCCUGGUGAAAUUGUAGAACUGACUCGAGAGGGUAUCAAGACAAUCGAUAUAGUAGAAAGGCCUAAUAACAAAUCACAAGCUUUUUGCAUCUUCGAAUAUGUAUACUUCGCUAGAAGCGACAGCAUUUUUGAAGGACAAAUGGUAUAUUCCGUUCGUAUGCAAUGCGGUAGAGUAUUAGCCAUGGAAUCGCCAGUUGAGGCGGACAUAGUAAGUUCGGUACCCGAGUCUGGAACUGCGGCUGCGCAUGGUUAUGCCAGACAGUCCAAAAUAGCUUUUGCUGAAGUGCUGUGCAAAAAUAGGUACGUAGGUAGGACGUUCAUUCAACCUAGUACGCGACUAAGACAGCUUGGAGUAGCUAAAAAGUUUGGAGCGUUGUCGGAGAACUUCAAAGGAAAGAAAAUAGUUCUUAUUGACGAUUCCAUUGUUAGAGGAAACACAAUUGGACCGAUUAUCAAACUUCUGCGUGAUGCGGGCGCUAAGGAAGUUCACAUUAGGAUAGCAUCGCCACCGUUGAAAUAUCCGUGCUACAUGGGCAUAAAUAUUCCGACGCGAGAAGAACUCAUCGCGAAUAAGCUCGAUAAUGUAAAAUUAGCUAAACAUGUGGGAGCAGACAGUUUAGCAUACCUUUCCGUUCAGGGACUUGUUGAUGCUGUAAGAUACAACAUGGACAAUCGCGAAAGCAGUUAUGCUGGCCAUUGUACUGCCUGUUUAACAGGAGAAUAUCCGGAUGAACUUCCUGGUGAUCUAGAUUGGUAAAGAUAAUGUGCAAGUUUAAAUACGAAGAUAAACAAAAUGCAUUUCGUUUUAUGCAUAAAGUACUAUACCACUACAGAAAUAUAUUAGUAUAGUCGUGUCAUAUUGAUUUAUAUAUUGUUUAAUACAUAAAAAAUCGAAUUUCAAUUCAAGUAUAAUAAGUAUUUUAUUAUUCACAAACAUCGAUAAUAAAUUUAGAAUAAAAAUCGUUAUAUAUAAAUAAAAUUAUAUAUGCUUUUAAUUACACACUCAGUAUUUUAUAUGCAACAUUACAAUUUUAUAUACAUUAUAAUUACAUACAAAUUACAAAAUAAAAUACAUGAAGAAAAAAGAAAAUCGUUUAAAUACCAGAGACAUGCAUAAGAUUUGUUGUUUAUGAAUUGUUUAUUUAUUAGAAUGGAAACGAGAAAAGUUUGUAAAGUUUAUUAAAAAAAGAAAUUAUCAAC